UUUGCAAGCGUCGCGCCCCUCCCCCGCAGGAGCCCGGAUGAGGAAGUGCAGCGCUGACAGGGCUGGGUUCCGUCAGAGAGUCGAAGCCGAACCGCGUCCAGACAGACCCGAGCAGAGCCGCACAGCGAGCCGAACCCUCCGCCACAGCCGCCUCCAGUCCCGCAGACACCGCCAGCGAGCGCCGCAGACAUGAACGAGCAGCAGUUAGACUGUGCGCUGGACCUGAUGAGGCGCUUGCCUCCGCAGCAGAUCGAGAAGAACCUCAGCGACCUCAUUGACCUGGUGCCCAGUCUGUGUGAAGACCUGCUGUCGUCGGUGGAUCAGCCGCUGAAGAUCGCGCGUGAUAAAGUGGUGGGCAAAGACUAUCUGCUGUGCGACUACAACCGUGAUGGAGACUCCUACAGAUCUCCCUGGAGUAAUAAAUACGAGCCUCCGAUCGACGACGGCGCCAUGCCCUCGGCUCGUCUGCGCAAGCUGGAGGUGGAGGCUAACAACGCCUUCGACCAGUACAGAGACCUGUAUUUCGAGGGCGGGGUUUCCUCCGUGUACCUGUGGGAUCUGGAUCACGGAUUCGCCGGAGUCAUCCUCAUCAAGAAAGCUGGAGACGGCUCCAAGAAGAUCAAGGGAUGCUGGGACUCCAUCCACGUGGUGGAGGUGCAGGAGAAGUCCAGCGGCCGCACGGCUCACUAUAAACUCACAUCUACGGUAAUGCUGUGGCUCCAGACCACCAAAACCGGCUCCGGCACCAUGAACCUGGGCGGCAGCCUCACCCGACAGAUGGAGAAAGACGAGACGGUCAGCGAAUCCUCUCCUCACAUCGCUAACAUCGGCCGCCUGGUGGAGGACAUGGAGAACAAGAUCCGCUCCACUCUCAAUGAGAUCUACUUCGGCAAGACCAAGGACAUCGUCAACGGCCUGAGGAGCGUUCAGACGCUGGCGGAUAAAUCGAAGCAGGAGGCUCUGAAGAACGACCUGAUACAAAUGCUUAGCCAACGCAGCAAACAGCAAAGCUAGAGACGAUCACCUGCCCGUCUCUCUCUCUCUCUCUCCGUCUGUCUCACUCUCUGUCUCUCCACCUCACGGCUGUCUGUCUGCAUCUGCGCAAAACAAACGAAAAAGUAGAAAAGGCUACGCUUCUUGUUUUUGUAUUUCAGCUCGCGUUUCACUGCACCCGUCUCUCUCUCUCUCGUCUGUAAUCAUGUGGUAUUAAGACGGCGUCUGAUUGGCUCUCGGUGACAUCAUCGCAGUGGGGGCGGAGCUUUUCUCCCGCCAUCAGAAGAGCACGUUUUCUCGUAGUCUCACCCGUCACAUACGUGCGUCAGGAAUAAACGAGAAGCGGGUGAUUAUAUUAAUAUAUAUAAAUAUACACACGUGUAUGUAUUAUGAGCAUUAUCUUGCUGUUAAUAUUAAACUUUCUGCUUGAGUCCACACAGACGAGUGUGUGUUUGUGUCAUUAAGCUGCAAACAUAUUCCAUCUGCGAGCGUCAGACAGUUUCGUUGUUUUCUUCGGGGUGGAUUAUUUGUCAAGUUAAAUUUUUUUUUUCUCUUGGUCUGUUUUUUUGUUUUUGUAAAGCUUACAGUUUGUUAAAUUAGGGCCUCCAGCAACAAUAAAAAGAGGAAAAACUG